AUGUCUUCUCGAGUACAAGCCUCGGUGUAUAAGAAUUUCAUUGUCUAUUCAAGGUCGCCAAUAGUAUCAUUAUACGGUCCUCAAGGGUUGGACAGCCAAGUUUUAUGUCGAGAUUUCUCAAAAAGAGAUCGCAGACUCGUGCUAUAUAGAAACUUUGUGCGAUUACUACGAUUUGUCAAGCGGCCAAAAUUUCUUCGUGGUGAAUAUUUCGACUACUUGAAGUUCCGCUUUAUUGAUGAUUACAAUUAUCGGAGAAACAAGCUUCUGGGAAUCGACUCCUCACUAGAUGAGAGAGAGCUUAUGAGCAGGGCUGUCAAUACGCUCAACUUUGUUAACAAUGCAUUCUGUGCUCCGAAAAGUGCUCCAGAGUUAAAUGAAAACUUUGAACUAAGAGGAAGAGUCGGCAGAAGCCAAGAAUAUCUCGUUCUAGACUCUAUAAUGCAGUAUGAAGCAUCUAAGUUAGGAUCGAGGGUUGUAGAAGGCCUUAAAAUAGGUGUGAAAAGCUUGAAGGAUGCAAAUGAGUAUCGUAUUACUUGCAAAAAUCUGAACAUUGGCAAACCCGUCCCGCAAAUUCAGGGAGAAAAAUGGUAUUCAUACAUAGGCAUGCUUCAGGAAAUGCCAUCAAGCAUCUCUUCCAAAAAAAUUGCUGCAUUUGACUUCGCAAAAUCGAUUCUCACCUUUGAGAAGAACUUGGUCCUAUUGAAUGAGGAUUGCAAGUUGCUUCUUUGA